GCUAGAAGUAUUUUUCAAUUUAGAAGAAGGAAGGACAGAAUAGAAAUGGUCUAAUUCCAAAAUAUAUUAAGAUAGUUAGUUGCCGGGCGGAACAAGCACGUAAGAUACAGGUGUAAGGAAAGUUCUAGGGAACAUUAAUCACUAUUAAACUUGGCAAGAAAAGAGGUGUCUCCAGCAAGCUGGUUUUAGCCAGUAUGUGUAUAGCUGAAAAAUACAGGGUCAUCUGGAUGUCAAUUAAGUUCAAGCUACCAGGGGCCCAUAGGAGAAAAACAUUACAGCUUAACAGCUCAGUAAAAUAGUUAGGUUUUCCAUAAGGAGAAAACUCUACACUAAAAAGAUAUAAGAUGGAAGUUCCCUAUAAUACUGGCUAAACAUACACCAGUAAGGAAGGAAACUAAUUUGAGUGAGAUGACAUGAAGGAAUAUAUUUUUGAAAGCCAAGUUCAUGUAAUCAAUUAUAACCAUUAUAAACUAUAAACUGCUAUAUUAUGAUAUAAACUGUUGGUGUUGCAUAUAUUCAAAAAACACCACUUUUCUUAUAUUGGUGUUGCAUAUAUUUAAAACACCACUCCUUUUUAUAAUGCACCCAUAUUAAGUAGUGAAUCAAGGUAGCAGGGAUUUUGUGAACUCUGCUUCACCUAACUUUUCAGAUGAAGGAGGGGGGCCAAGAAUGAGUGGAUGAGAACAUGGGCUAGUGUUGAUUUGUUGGCAUAUGACUUUAAUUGAGUCUGAGGAGUUGGUUGAAUUCUUUAGAGAUUACUGUUUGCCAAGAGAUAAGGACUGUCAAUAUAGAUUGAUGAUUGGAUCUAAUUGGGGCUUCCCAUUGCUUUCAAUGGGACGAAAAUUGUAUAAAAACCCUGGGCCGAUCACACUGAGACCACCACAAUCAAGCUUGGCAGAGCUACGUGGUCCAUCCUUUGCAGAUCUCUACAGAACAGUCCUUCUCUUUUGUUCACGCUACUCUUCCUUAUAAUAGGAGGUUUACGUACCAGGAUUCCAUGGCAAUGCUGCAAUGGGAGUGGAUAUACUGCCUUUUUAAAGGUGGGUUCUGGUGAAGGAGACUAGAAUUUGUGAAUCUCAGAAGGAACUUCAAGACCUGUGUACACCAGACUACAAAUAGCUCUUCUGGACAAGAUGAACACCACCAUCGAUGACUCUUCCAUGUUAAGUUUAGAGGGCUUCGUUGUGUCUCCUGAAGCUGCUCAUCCUCUUUUUCUGUUAACAUUGGCAGUAUAUCUGGUUGUUUUUAUUGGCAAUGUUACAGUAUUUUCUGUUAUUGUUUUUCAAAAGAAUCUACACAAGCCAAUGUAUCUCAUGAUAUGUAAUAUGUCUGUUUGUGAUUUGAUUGGAAGUACAGCGGUAAUGCCUAGAUUAAUGGCAGACUUCCUCACAGAGGUUAGAUAUAUCUCACAUGCAGCUUGUGUCGUUCAGGCUUUCUGUGUUCAUUUCUACGGUUCAGCAGCUCAACUGAUAUUGACUGUAAUGGCUUAUGACAGAUACAUUGCAAUUUGUGACCCAUUAAGUUACAACAGCAUAAUGACAACUAGUACUUUGGUGAAGCUCUGCUCCCUUGCCUGGGGAGGGGCAUUCAUUUUAAUAAUAAUCCUCUUGUCUCUUACUCUUAGGCUUCCAAGAUGCAGAUCACGUAUAGUGGAGGCUAGUUGUAGCAAUGCAGCUUUAUUUCUUUUAUCCUGUGCUGACACGACUGUAAAUAACAUUUAUGGUUUAUGUAUUACAGUUUUUAUAAGCGGUUUGUCUUUUUUGGUUAUUGUCUGGACGUAUAUUAGAAUACUAAUUACAUGUUUAUAUAAAAGGCAAAGCAGUAGUAAAAGCAAAGCCAUUCAUACAUGUGCUACUCACUUAACUAUCUAUAUUAUUUUUGAAUUAAGUAGUUUAUUCACCUUCAUUAUGCAGCGAUUUCAAAAUGUCAGCCCAAAUGCACGGAAAAUCACCUGGGCGUUAGUUACGAUCUUUCCACCGUGUGUUAAUCCUAUCAUUUAUGGAAUUUAUACAAAGGAAAUUCGGAAUAAUGUUUUAAAAUGUUUUAAAAAUACAAUACUACCAAAUCAAUGAUGCUGGUGGUGCAUUAUGCAACGUUCAAUUUAACUCUAUAUUUAAUUUACAUGAGUACACCAGUUUAAUGAAUAAUACAUAUAUACUAACAUGAUUAUUUCAUGUCUUAAAAUCUAUAUAAUAAAGCAAACAGGGAAGAAACACUGGGAUAUAUAAUAUUAACUAUCAGAUUCUGUAUCAAUAGAUGUCUUUAUUAUAUUAUUUUCCUGUAUUAUUGUACAUUUAUGAUGACAAUAAAG